AUGUCCAUUCCUGAGAAGGUCAAUCUUACCACAGGAACUGGCUGGGGCUCUGGCCCAUGUGUGGGAAAUACAGGUUCCGUACCUCGGCUCGGCAUCCCUAGUCUCUGUUUACAGGACGGGCCCAACGGCGUGCGGUUCACAGAUUUUGUCACCCACUUCCCCUCUGGGCUUGCCACGGGAAGUACAUUCAACAAGGAGCUUAUGAAGCUCAAGGGCCGAGCCGAGGGCCGCGAGUUCAAAGACAAAAAUGUACAUAUUGCGCUCUCGCCUACCAUCGGGCCUAUCGGGCUCAAAGCUCAGGGCGGUCGCAACUGGGAAAGUUUUGGCGCAGACCCUUAUUUACAAGGUGUAGCGGGCGCACUUCAGAUUGCAGGAAUACAAAUGGAAGGCGUUGUGGCUGUCGCUAGACACUUUGUGGCCAACGAGCAGGAGCACUUCCGGCAAGUCGGCGAGUGGGACAGUAAUGGCUGGGAGAGAUUGCAGUCGUCCAUCAGCUCCAACAUUGGCGACCGCACUAUGCACGAGGUGUAUCUCUGGCCGUUCGCCGAUGCCGUUCACGCAGGUGUGGGUGGUAUUCUCUGCUCGUACAAUCAGGUCAACAACACACAUGCGUGUGAGAACUCAUACUUGAUCAACUAUUUGUUGAAGGAGGAAUUGGGGUUUCAAGGCUUUGUGGUCUCAGACUGGGGGGCGCAGCAUACGGGCGUUGACUCUGCGCUCGCAGGGCUUGACAUGUCGAUGCCAGGUGAGAUCUUCGACGAGUGGUUGAGUGGACGCUCAUUUUGGGGGGCGUCUUUGACGCGUGCCAUCUACAACGAAACUAUCCCACAGGAGCGGCUAAACGACAUGGUAACCCGGAUUUUGGUCCCAUUUUUUUCCGCCAAAAGUCUUAGCUUGCCAUCCGAAGAAGACAUCCCAAAUUUCAGCUCGUGGACGGCACACACCUACGGUCAACAAUACCCGUAUCAGCACUACGGACCUAUCUCUCAGCAGAACUGGCACAUUGACGCGCGGUCGGAGUUCUCCGACAAGGUUGCGCAGGAGGUGGCCCGCGAGGCGCUCGUGUUGCUAAAGAACAGCGGACACCACUUGCCCAUCGACAAGGGGAACGGGGUUCGCAGAUUGCUUAUUGCCGGGUCCGCACAAAACACAGACAAGCGGGGCGUUAAUUGCAAAGACCAGAGAUGCACGGAUGGAAUCAUGACGUCUGGCUGGGGCUCCGCCGCAGUCAGCAAUCCGGUAGUGGUGACGCCGUUCCAGGCCAUCCAGGAGCGGGCCAUCGCCCGAGGGAUCACGGUCGACUACAACACCGACAACUGGAACCUCCCGCAGGCCGAAGAACAGGCUGACUAUGCAGACAUGGCCGUUGUAAUUGUCAGUGCGUACUCAGGUGAAGGGUACAUUGAGGUGGACGGCAACUACGGUGAUCGCAAAAAUGUAAGCUUAUGGAACAACGGCGACAAGCUCAUCCAGCACGUGGCGGACCGGUGCCGCAAAACUGUGGUGGUGGUCACCGCUACAGGACCUGUGGAUAUGGAGCAGUGGAUUGAACACGAGAACGUGGUAGCAGUGUUGUUUGCGGCGCCAUUGGGCCAGUACGCGGGUGAAGCCAUGGGGGAAGUUUUAUUUGGCGAGGUCAACCCAUCCGGCCGACUCCCCUUCACUAUAGCCAAGAAACCCCUGCACUACGUGCCCAUUCUUGAAAAUCUCAAUGAGGGCCCUGAGCCGCAGGACAUCUUUGACCGUGGUAUUUACUUGGAUUACCGGUUUUUUGACAAGCAUUCAAUGAAGCCCCGGUUCCCGUUCGGGUACGGGUUGUCGUACACGAAGUUCCUGGUAUUUGAUCUUAAGAUCAAGGAACUCAAUUCGCCCACCGAGUAUCUCAUUUCUCCGGCCGACUAUUCGCCCGUGUCUCCCACCAUAGAAGACGAUGUGUGUGAUCCGGAGGACGCACUUUUUCCCUACGAUGAGUUUGAUACCAUCCCGGGACAUAUCUACCCAUACCUAUAUGAUGAAAACGUACGCAUGAUCGAGGAGGACGAGAGCUUCGAAUAUCCAAAGGGGUACUCGCCCACGCACCCGUCAAAGCCACCGUUGGCCGGCGGGGGACUUGGAGGCAACCUGGCACUAUGGGAAGAAAUCUACGAGGUCACGGUUCUGGUGUCGAAUGAAGGCCUCACGGCUGGGGCCUACGUGUCGCAGUUGUACGUGGAAGUACCUUCGACGAUUGCCGCGUCGCCGCCUAAAGCGCUUCGGGGCUUCGAGAAGAUCUUCUUGAACCCAAAGCUGUCAGCUGUGGUCACUUUCAAACUUCUUCAUCGAGACUUGAGUAUCUGGGACACACAAAGCCAGCAAUGGAUCAUUCAGACAGGAACAUACAAGAUCUACAUCUCCAGCUCCAGUCGAAAAGUUGAGCUUGUUGGUGAAAUCGAGAUCGGAAGUUAA